AAGUGGAAGUGCCUCAGAUGUUUUGUUAAUUAAGUAAAUUAAUAAGAGUUAUUUUAAUUAAUUCUAGCUGAAUAUUCAAUUAGAUAGAGAGUAUAUUUCAUACAUAAUAAAAUGUUUGGAUAGCAUUCAAUAAAAUUUUGUUAAAUGCUAACUAAUUUGGUGUUGGUUAUUCAAUUAAAAAAUAUAUUUGGUGUGGUGCUUUGCUGAAUGCUGACUGUCAAAUCAAAAUAGUGACUACAAAUAAAUAUAUAUAUACAACUACUUAAGUACCCACAAAACAUGACCGAAUAUAAAUUAGUUGUCGUUGGUGCUGGAGGUGUUGGCAAAUCCGCAUUAACAAUACAAUUAAUACAAAAUCAUUUUGUCGAUGAAUAUGAUCCAACUAUAGAGGAUUCAUAUCGUAAACAAGUGGUUAUUGAUGGUGAAACGUGUUUAUUGGAUAUAUUGGAUACGGCCGGUCAAGAAGAGUAUAGUGCUAUGCGGGACCAAUAUAUGCGAACUGGUGAAGGAUUUCUUUUGGUGUUUGCUGUUAAUUCAGCGAAAAGUUUUGAAGAUAUUGGUUCAUAUCGUGAACAAAUCAAACGUGUCAAAGAUGAAGAAGAAGUGCCUAUGGUAUUGGUCGGCAAUAAAUGUGAUUUACAAGCAUGGGCUGUAGAUAUGAAUCAAGCAAGAGAGGUAGCUAAACAAUAUGGUGUACCAUUCGUGGAAACAUCAGCAAAAACACGAAUGGGUGUCGAUGAUGCCUUCUAUACAUUGGUGCGUGAAAUUCGUAAGUAUAAAACUCGGACGGGUGUCAAACGUCCUGGAACAUUUAAACGUAAACUACGCUGUAGUAUCCUGUAACACUCAACAACAAUAUUCAUUGGAAGUCAUCAUAUUUGAUUUCUACAAAACAACAAUGUAUAUAUAAUAUGCUUUUUUGUUGCAACAAUUAAUUUAUGCAACAAUUAUACACACACACAAAGUUUCUCCAUUGUUGUUAAUCAACAAAGCAUCAUCGAGCAUAUUUUUGUUGAUGAUUAUUACACUUUUAUCAGUGGAAUUUUAUUACUCUUAUAAUACUUUAGUCCUCAGUACUAGUUAUUGUAAAGUGCGACUAAAAUACACCACAGGGAUAAAAUAGUCAUACGAACAAUUUUUAAGUGCCAAUCCUUGAUUGAAUUGAAAAGA